UUUGUCAGUUUUCUAAUCUACCCUUUUUUGGACAAACAAGAUCUUUUGAUCUCAUAUUUCACUUACAUAUUCGAUAGAAGUACAGCCCCCUUUGUUUUGUUUUGUGUUGUACAAAUUGAUUUAUUCAUUGUGAUCUUGAUCCUAAUGGAAGGACCCAAAGAACCAAAAAUCAUCACAGACAAAAAUGAAAUGAGAGAGUGGUCAAGAUCUAUGAGAGCUCAAGGCAAGACUAUAGGGUUAGUCCCCACGAUGGGUUUUUUGCACCAAGGUCAUCUUUCUCUUCUUGAGGAAGCUCAUAAACAUACCCAAGUUUUUGUUGUCUCAAUUUAUGUAAACCCUGGUCAAUUCUCUCCUAAUGAGGAUCUUUCAACAUACCCAUCUGAUUUUAAUGGUGAUAUCAAGAAGCUCAUGUCUGUUCCUGGUGGGGUUGAUGUUGUUUUUCAUCCCCAUAAUUUGUAUGAUUAUGGUAUGGGUAGUGUUGGGAAUAGUGAAGGUGGGAUAGAGAGGGAUGGGGUGGUGUCUUGUGUGGAAGAUGGAGGGUUAGGGCAUGAAACUUGGGUCAGAGUUGAGAGAUUGGAGAAGGGAUUGUGUGGGAAAAGUAGGCCUAUUUUCUUUCGCGGGGUCGCGACGAUUGUUACUAAGUUGUUUAAUAUAGUUGAGCCUGAUGUUGCUGUAUUUGGGAAGAAGGAUUAUCAGCAGUGGAGAAUCAUUACUAGAAUGGUUAGAGAUCUUGAUUUUUCCAUUAAAAUAAUUGGUUCUGACAUAGCGCGAGAAAAAGAUGGCCUUGCAAUGAGCUCACGCAAUGUACACCUCUCACCCGAUGAGAGGGAAAAGGCCUUGUCAAUCAACCGAUCACUGUCAAAAGCUAAAGCUGCUGCAGGGAUGGGUCAAAUGAACAGCAGAGAUUUGAUAAAUACAGUAAUUGAAUCUGUCCAGGAAGCUGGCGGAAAAAUUGAUUAUGCUGAGAUAGUAGAUCAAGAGAGUUUGAAGGCAGUGGAAAAGAUUACAAGUCCAGUUGUGUUCUGCAUUGCUGCAUGGUUUGGAAAAGUCAGGCUGAUUGACAACAUUGAGAUCAGUGGCUAAACUGAGUUUUGUAUGUAUUAAUGUCUGUGCAACAAUAAUAAUCAGAAGUAUUCGUGAAAUUCUUAAGAGCCUAGCAAGCAUAAAAA